AGGAGGCGGAGGUGAGAAAUCAGUGCGAGAUGCAGUCUCCAAACCCCUGCGAUAAGAUGGGUCGUCGUGAGGAGCUCAGUGACUUUCAGCGCGGUACUGUCGUCGGAUGCCACAUGUGUAAAAAGUCUGUCCGGGAGAUUUCCGCCCUGCUGAACCUGCCUCGGUCCACCGUGAGCGCGGUGAUUUUGAAGUGGAAACGCGGAGGAAUAACGACGGCUCUGCCCCGGAGCGGCCGACCGCACAAGCUCAAAGAGGAGGACCGUCAAGUGCUGGAGAAAGUGGCGCUGGGAAAUUGUUUGCCCUCGGUUGAAGCUCUCACCACCGAGUUUCAGACCGCCUCCGGGGCCAGCGUGAGCUCCAGGACCGUCCGCCGAGAGCUCCGCGAAAUGGGCUUCCGUGGCCGAGUAUCCACUUACAACAAGCCCGUAGGAGGGGGGAAAGCAGAGACGAAGCAGGCAGAUGAAGAUGAAGCCAAAGUGGAUGUGUCUCGACUGGACCUGCGCGUUGGACGUAUAAUCGCAACUCGGCAGCUUCCAGAGACCGACGGUGUUUAUGUGCAGCAGGUUGAUGUUGGAGAGGCUGCUCCCAGGACAGUGGUCAGCGAGCUAGCUAGGCACAUACCGGUUGACCAGAUACAGAAUCGCUUGGCAGUCCUGCUUUGUAACCUAAAACCAGCAAAGAUGAGAGGAGUGGUGUCCCAGGCUAUGGUCAUGUGUGCCAGCUCACCAGACAGGGUUGAAAUCCUUGAUCCUCCAAGUGGAGCAGUACCAGGGGACAGAGUCACUUUCCAGGGCUUCCCAGGUGAACCGGACAAAGAGCUGAACCCCAAGAGGAAGGUGUGGGAGCAGAUUCAGCCAGACCUACGCACGGACGGCCAGUGUGUGGCAUUCUACAAGGGAGCUGCCUUUGAAGUUGUCAGCAAGGGAGUGUGCAAAGCCCAAACCAUGAGCGACACUGAAAUCAAAUAAUCUAACAGAGCUGCUCGAAAUAGCUCAGUGCAAAUCCCUGCAGCCAGACAGGAUCCAAAAUGUUGUGGAGAGCCUCCCCAGAAGAGUGGAAGCAAUGCAUUAAUGCCCAUGGUUUUGGAGGGACAUGUGCAACAAUCACAUGGAUGGUCAUGUUUGAGUUUUCACAUGCCUUUCUACUGUAAGGAAGGUGAUAGUGAAGAGUAUGUUGCCCUCUGUUGGAUGGACAGGAACAUAACCAUUAUCAUUAUGAAAGUCUGAAGUUCUGUAUUUGGCCAAAGGAGAGCGCCACCGUAACCAUGAUAAUGUACAGUAAGUGUAUGGAGAGACAUGAGAACAUACGGAACACAGUCAUACCCAGCCUGGUGAAAAGAAUCCCUUUUUAGUUGGGAAAUAUUUGAUAAAAUAUAAAAGCUUUCCCGUGACGCCACAGCGGUCAUUUCCACUGAAGCGUGGAUGAAACUCAACAGUGGUGAAGUCCCCUUGAAAAAGGGACACUGAACAGGUUUACUUUCUUUUGACAGUAUGAAAAUGAGUAGAGAAAUUACUUUUGAAAUUAGUAAUUUGAGACUUUUACAUUAUUGAAUAUUACAUAUUUAUGUACGGUCAGUUCUUUGUUAUUACAGUUCUCUGAGCUGGCUAAUGAUGGAAGUAAGUCAGUGCAUUAUGUAUCUGCAUGUGGAAAGUUUUUAUUUGAAGGAUUACAGUAUUAUAUCUGAGAUCCAGAUGAUCCUGCUUUUAUCUUAAUCUGUAUCUUACCAGGAAUCUCUGGAAAUCUGACGGUUCUGAAAUGUCCAUCUUGUUAUUAGCUCAGAAAAGGAGGUUUUGUUUUUGGUGUCAGCAGGAUUACAGAAAAACUACUGGCUUGGUUUUGAUGAAACUUGGGUGUAGCAUGGCCCAAGGAAGAACCCAUUUGAUCCAAAUCACAGGGCGGACACACUAAUUAUUUUUCACUUUCGUGAAAAUUUUCACUUUUGUGAAAAAAGAAAAAAAACAUUUGCAUAUCACAGAAUACUGGACUAUUGUCCUUGGAGGGGGUCUGGCUCUGCGUAUGCCCCUCUAGUUGCUCAUUGUUACUCUAUAUAUUGUACAUGUAAGUUAAACCUUAGCUUCUAUAUGUCCUACUCCAUGAGACAGUUCUGUGGCUUCCAUUUAUUAUAUUGGUAAGCCUAUUAAUCAUUUGAAGGGGUUUCUUGGGUUUUGUGGGUCUUCUUUUUUUUUUUUUUUCCUAGCAAGUCCAUUAAAUGACCUGAGAAGAAAAACAAAGUUCUUCUUCCCUUUUUUAUUUUAAAGGAAGAGCUGAAAACUGCUCAUAAAGAAUGGGGAUGUGAUUCAGGAACUAGGAAGUGGAACAGUUGGUCUGAGGCACAAUGUUACUGGUUUGAGAGGGAAUGGUAUUUCGUAGGCUGGUAAGUAACAUACCAGAAAAAAAUCCAGUUUACGAAUUUCCCAUUAAAAGGACGUAUCAGUCUGACUGUAAAGACCCUAUUGAUCUAUAAGCAUUCACUUCGACACUACAGGUUUUUUUCUGUUGACUAAUGUACAUGUUGACUAAUACUACAGGCGGACAUUAAUAGAACUUUAAUAUUAAAGGGGCCCUCCCUUCUCCCUUCUCCCCACCCACUCACCUACAGUUCAAUCUAGCCAUGUACAAACCCAGAGAGGAAAUCAUACUGGAGUUAGUGGAGGUACUGUAAAUCACUCAUUUCUGUCCCUUCAUCUUUAAUAACAACUGCUGUGGUGGAGUGAGUUCUGCAAGUGCACUGCCUGUUGACUUGAAGCGGUUUACAGGAGGGGAAAGUUUGUUAACAACCACCUGAAGCCGUGUUUCGGUUGAUGUGAGUCAACUUGUGAAUAAAGUGCUGCUCCCCCUCGUCCUGCAUCCUGUUUUUGAAAAGUGCAGGAAACCCAACGAAACUCUCUAUUCUCUCUAUGUCAUACUCUCAUAGUGUUUGGUAUUUAGUCAUACAUGCUCCUAAUCUUUUCUAUUAUCACUUUCAUCUAGUAUAAUAAUAUAAUGAUAUAUUACACAACCAGGCAAAGUGGGCAGCAGCCCCGAUCCCUAUUUCAUCCAUCUGGCAAUAAAUGUGUGGUGAUUAGAUUCAUUACAGAAUUGUUUGGUAAUAUGCACCACUAAAGAAAAAAAAAACGAACAGUAUGAGUCCUGGUGUAUACAGUGUCAUAUAUAUACAUUAUUAACUGUUUGCACUAAAUAAAUAAAAUCUUUAAACCCAA